GCUGGUUUUUUUCUAGCCGCCAUUCAAAAGAGUGUGUUUCGACAGCAUUUUGUCAUAAGUUUAAAAUUAAAUAGUGCAAAAGUUCAAAACAAAUCAAACAACAUUUCCUCAAGUGCAACUCGUUGUUGGCGAAGAUGCUUGAAGCGGAGACCACCCCCAAACCACCAAGCAAUAGAGGCAGGCCCAGAAAGACGGCGCUGGCUGGGCGACCAAAGGUGACCAAACCAAGUGCAGCUAAUAAAGAGGAAGAAGUCAGCCCCAGGGCUGCCAAAUCCAAGGAGCACAAAGCUAGCGACAAUGAAGAUGAGACCAUCGAUGAUGCGGAGAUGCCAACAGCAGAGGAAGUUCAUCAGCUGCAUGAUGACGACGACGACGAUGAGGACAGCAGCGAAGAAGCAGUCGACGAUCUAAAAGAUGAGCCGCCAUCCUUCAGUCUGGCCACGCUCGGAUUGCAGCGCGUGGGCACCGCACCGCCGCCAAAGCCCAAAGUGUCAAAGGCGCCCGUGCUGCCGCUCAAUGCACGUGGCAUGCCGGCACGCAUACGCAAGCGUAAUCCCUUGUUCUACGACGAGAACAUCAUCAACGAUGACAAGCCGCUGCGCAUGAGUCUGGCGCCCAAGAAGCAGGCAACCGGCACCAGUCCCGGCAAGCAGCUGACGCCAUCCAAGAUAUUGAAGAAGCGCAAGGGCGUCGUCUCGCGCUACAUGCGCGACAACAGCAAUGGCAAUGACAACAGCGAAAGCUCCACCAGCGGCACCGCUGGCAAGCAGCGCAAGCUAAGCGGCAAACUGCUGGCGCUGCCCACAAUGUCCUCACCUGGCAAGGGAGCAGCGAAGUUGGGCAAAGGCAAAGGCAGUGCAGCUGCCAUGGCCGCAGCAGCGGCGGCAGAAAAUGCUCGGAAGGAAGCAGAGCUGCAGUCGGCGGCAAAUAAGCGUCUGGGCCAGUCGAUUGGACUUCGCUUGCGCAAUCUACUGAAGCUGCCCAAGGCACACAAGUGGGCCAUAGCCGAGUGGUUCUAUUCGUAUAUCGACAAGCCGCUCUUUGAGUGCAAAUACGACUUUAUGAACCAUGUGAACGAGCUGGCGCCGCUGCUGGGCACACGCAAGUUGAACCGCCACGAAUGGGUGAACAUCAGACGUCGCAUGGGACGCCCCAGACGCUGCUCGGCGGCAUUCUUUUCGGAGGAGCGACGCGAGCUGGAGCGCAAGCGUACGCUGAUACGCACGCUGCAGUCGCGCAAGCCGGGCGAGUGCAAGGACACGCUGCUGCUGGCCGAUAUGCCGGAGAAGAUACCAAUGCCGCUGCCGCUGGGCACCAAGGUAACGGCGCGUCUGCGUACGCCGCAGGACGGCAUCUUUGCGGGCACCGUGGCUGCCUAUGAUUCGCGCUAUGCCCUCUAUAGAGUGACCUUUGAGCGUGCCGGCCUGGGCACACAGUCCAUACCGGACUAUGAGAUUGUGUCGGAGAACUUCCACGAGAUGCUGCCGCUGCACAGCUUCACCAAAGAUUUCCGACCCAAUCUGAUGAGCAUUUAUCAGACGAACAACCUGGGCUUUACCACCAAUCUGGGCUUCACCACCAAUCUGGCCAGCAGCUUUCAGAGCAAGCGUUAUCCACUCGUUGCCACCAUCUCGACCUCGACCAGCAAUAGCAACAGCAAUAGCAAUUGCCCAUUGACGCCACAAAGGAAUCUGGCGAAUAAUAAUGCGGCCGCACGCAAUGCACUGAGCAUGCAGCUGAACAAGAGCGAUCCGCUUUUGGGACAGGAUGCCGUCGAGAGUCCACUCAGGCAGCAGCUGGCGCGGCAUCAUGGCUAUCCCAUGAAGCUGCUGGAGCAUCUGGUGUUGCUGCAAAACAAAAUUUCGCUCAAGGAGGCGAAGGUGCAAAAGCUCAGCGAGAUGAACUCCAUGGCGGAGCUGGCCAUUGGCGAUCUGCUGGGUCAGGAGGAGGGCGGCGACGCUGCACGUCGUCAGAUGCGCGAUGAAUUCCAGCGUCGCUAUGCUUCCAAUAUCAUAUCAAUUGAGCGCAUCAAUCGCGAUCUCAUGUACGAGCUGAACAAGGUGCAGGAGCUCUCCAGCGUGCUGACCCGUGAUCCCAAUGUACAGGCCAUGAUAUCGCCCACGCUGUUGCGCGAGGAGUGUCGCGCCAAGGCCAGCCAGACGGUCGAUAUAUUGAACAAGGGCGUGGUGAAAAAUAAGCGCAUGGUCACGCUGCUCAAGAAACUCACUACACUGCUGAUUGUCACACAGAAUCUGGACAGCGAGUGCGAGGCAGCCGAGGUGAAUAAAGUGCUUGAGGGUUGCAUUGAGGAGGUGCGCACCAACCUUGUCGCCGACUCCAACUCGGAGGUUUUCCAGAAGAAUGUACAGCAGCGCUUGGAGUACAUUGCCUUGGACAUAAAUCGUAACAUUGAGGAGCGUAGUUUCUCGCAACAACAAGCGGAUGCGUCCAAGUCCCCCAAGUCGCCCAAAUUGGAAGCUGAGGGCGACAAAGUGCCCAAGGACGAUGAGGGGCAGAAAUCUGAUAAGCUAGCUAAGUCCAUAGAGCAGCGAAAGCAACAGAUUUUGAAUAAGCUUUUAGCAUCAAAUGUGGAGCGCAUGGAGAUAGACCUUGACCAAGAAGAUGACGAUGAGGAAGACGAGUCAAAGACCGGAGAUGAGACAAAACCAAAUGAUGACGAGACCGAAGAUUCGGAUGCGCAUACAUCAGAAAAAACAACGCGCAAGCAACUGGAGAUCAUAAAUGUGGACGAAAUAUGUGGCGAGGACACACAAAUUACCAUCGAGUCCUUGCGUGAGUCCGAGGAUGAAAGUCAUGAUGAGCAUGAAGAGACCGAAAAGGUCACACACAGUCAAGUACUUAUUAUUGACUCCAGCUCCCAGGAGGAAUUCACGUUCGAAAAGUAACGAGUAGCGAGUAACGAAUGUAGCCCUAGUUAUUUUUACCUCUUAAAUCGCGCAAAAUCCUUAAUUAAUUUUUUUUCUUUUACCCCAAACAUGAUU